GUCCGGCGCUUGUGCAUUCGUCUGUUGACCUCCAUGGCCCUUCACAAGGGUCGACAAAAAGAACAUCCCUCUGGCUGGACAGUUCUUGAACCAACACCAUCUGAUCCCGCGGCCUCGCCUACUAGUGCAUCGUCUGAAGACAUGCGUGACGAGAUUAUGGAUCCGGGCAAACAGACUCGUAUCGAGGAUUAUAUACCCUCACUUUCUGUGUCUCCUGAUAAGAAGAAGAAACGGAAAGCUUUGACUUCGCCCUCGACGAGUCCACUUGUAGAAUCCCACAAACGUAACAGGGUUGAAUACGCGAAGGGACGAGGUAAUGACCUUGGCAAUGAAGCAUUGUCACUACCAUCACAAUCGCAAUCCAACAGCUCAGCUAAACCCCCUACUUCUGCCUCAAUUAACUCAUCUGCUGUUAAAUCCGCUGGCGUCCCCCGACCAACAGGCUCUGCCAAACACCCAUACGCCAACCCUAGCCUUUCCAAGACCACUAACACCGGUACCACCUCCCCUUCUGUCACAUUUCAAUCCACCUCUCAUGCGACGCAUACACCCAACUCAUCAACAUCUACGCACCCACCAGACCAACCCCGCCCACCCAUGGCACGCAAAAGUACAGGAGGUCGGCGUGCUGCUUUGGCGUUACGUGCAGCCGCAGGAGUUGAUGUAACCCGUGCGAGGCCAGCAUCGAUGGGUGGCAGGGAACGAAUAGGGAAGGAGAAGCCAUACGCUGAGGUUUCUAAAAGUGAUGGUGGGGAGGGCAGCGGGAGUGUCAAACCUCACAUAGGCUUGAAGGAGGCUACACGAGUCGUCAAGCGUGGCGCGGGGGCAGCAACAUCCUCAGCUGCUUCGAAAUCUAUCACAAAAGAAGGUGGGAAGCGUCCCCUCCCACCUGAGGCGAAUUUGGACUCCGAUUUACCACCGAAGCCUAAAUCUCAGAGCUUCACCGCUGCCCUAAUGGCACUGGUUGAUUCGAAGUCACCUAUCGGGAAAGAGAUCAUCGUCAUUUCGUCCGAUUCAGAGUCUGAAGCUGAAGCUGCUUCUGAGCUUUACAAGCAACACCCCACGCGUCGUUCACGUUCCGAAUCGGGCUCUCCUCAUACUUCUACUUCGCGUGCGAGACGUUCCGCUUCCAGUUCGACUUCCCGUACAAGGUCUCGUGCUCGGUCCAUCAGUCAUACCCGCAAACAGAGCGGGAAUAUAGACGAGCCAAUCGUUAUAAGCGAUAGCGAAGAUGACGUGGAGGAUUCCGAGCGCGUGCAACGGCCCAUAUCACCGACUCCAGAAUUUGAGUUCUCUGGAGACAUUCCAUCGCCUGUCUCUUCUUGUGAUUCGAAUAACGUUCAAGACAUGAACGUGGGUGACGCAGAGGCGUUCAUGCGAAAUCUUAGUGAUGAUUCGCUGCUACUCGCUUCUCCUGAUUCUGAACGAGCAACGACACCCAGGAUCAGGGUAUCGCCCACGAAUAUCACAAACCCCUCCACGGUUUGGUCAUCGUCAUCUAUGUCAAUAGGGAACAGGAGUCCAUCUAGCCUGAAGCGCAAAGUCACAAUGGUCGGAACCCUCUUUGGUGGUCAGGACGGCUUCUUCCGGAACGUGCAUACAAAGUCACAACCUACACGGUCAUCGAAGGAUGUCUCGCGUUCAUCUACUCUAAGUAGUAGCCGCAGGACGACUCGUCCUCCCAGUGGAGACGCGUCAAGGCAUUCGCCCGAAAUCAUACUUACAGGUUCUGCAGACGAGACAGACCCGGCUGAGUCUGAACGUCACCACCUGGAGAUACCAAAAGUCGUAGUCGCGGAACUUCAUGCAGAAGUGUCGCACAUGAGCUCGCAGCUCAAAACCAAGGCUAUUCGAGACCUCCUAACCCCAAUCCGAGAGAAAUCAAUGUCUGCUUCUUCGGGGACUCAGUCAUUGAGCGAUAUCAUUAAUAGCGCGGCUUUGAGCAACGCUCGGCCUAGCGUGAGUGUUGGAAGCAAGAAACCUUCGCCCAGUUGGACUGACAGCCUAUCUCAUUCUCCGGCGCUUGACGAGGAGGAGAUGGAAGUGCUUUCUAUGAUCGAAGGCACCGAUGAGGAAGAAGAGCCUCCCUUUAUGCCAUCUACGAUGAUUGAGAGGGCUCGGAAGUUUCGACGUAGCCUCUCCCUGUCAAGUACAAGUCGGUCAAGUCAGCAAUCUUCACGGUCCAAUAGUGUCUCUAAGGCGGCUUCUCCGCCGCCUACUCGACCACCCAGGCCACGGAGAAACACGUCUCAAAAAAUGACCAAGCAGUUCGCCAUCUCAAGGCUGGGUCUUCAGAUCAAGGGUAGCGAGGUGGAAAUAUUAUUAUAUGGAGGGCGGCAUCCUGCAAAGGAGUUUGCUUCUCUUCAGGUCGCUGCUCAUAAGCUUCCGCACACCGUCGCCAACUAUAUCAAGGAGCUCUCUCUCACUCGAAGGGUUACACCGAGAAACCGGCAGGACAUCUUUGCAGAUGUCAUUCAGGCCAAUACCAGGGAUGAUGAACCUGAUGCUCCUAGGAUCUCUAUCAUCAAUACCAUUGACCCUGAAGUGGAGCCAAUUCCUGCCUUUCAGUACCACUAUAGUAAUCUGAUGGUACAUCAUGAGCAUAUUCCUCAGCCAAGAUGUCAACCAGAUAUGCUACAGCAUUGUAACUGUGCAGGUGCUUGCAAGCCUAGGUCAUGUCCUUGUGCUGCGUGGCAGAUGAAAUGGUUGCCAAAGCAGGCAAAGUCUGGAUUCAUCUAUGAUUCUGAUAGGAGACUUCAUCCUGGCAUGUAUGCAUAUCCUAUCUUUGAGUGCAACAUGUAUUGUGGAUGCAAUGAUGAAUGUCAGAAUAGGGUAGUACAGCUUGGAAGGUCUGUGGGUGUCAAGGUUAAUAUACAGAAAACUGCUAAGAAAGGCUGGGGUAUCUUUGCUGCUUGUGGUGAUGAAUACAUUCCUGCCAACACUUUCAUUGGUGUCUAUGCAGGUGAAUAUAUCACUGUGCAUGAAGCUGAGAAGAGAGAGAGCAUUUAUAACAAGAGUGGGAGAACAUAUCUCUUUGAUGUGGACUUUGACUUUGAUGAGGGUCCUGAUGAGAUAGAGAAGGCGGCAUCCUAUUGCAUUGAUGCAUUUUACACUGGUAAUUUUACAAGAUACCUGAAUCACAGUUGUGACCCAAACUGUGUUAUCACUGCCUGUUUUAUCAAUGAGUCAAACCUGGACAAACCUUUGCUUACUAUUUUCAGCAUUCAAGAUAUACUGGAUGGUGAAGAACUCUGUCUUUCAUACUUUGGAAGUCAUGCUGCCCUUGGUGCUAAUGAUACUCCUCCACAUGGCUCAAUUCAUGUCUCUUGUGAAUGUGGAUCUGCUAGGUGUAUUGGAAGAAUUUGGAAAUAGGAAAGCUAUUGUUGGCCAGAUCAUCUAAUUUUAUUGAUAUUUGUUGUACUUCUAUGGAACAUUUAUUGUAUACCAGCAUUACAAGAUAUAGCUAUGCUUUCUAUAUAUUCAUGGACCAUUAAAGCUC